CCUUCGUUUGCCGCACCCUCUUGAUACCCUCUUCUUUCUCUGAUACCCCCGCCUGUCUCACUCUCGCGCCGCCAUGUUCCGCGCGCAGCAAAACGCCUUUGACGAGGUCGUCGUCAGAGCCACCGACGAGAAUCUUACGAGCGAGAACUGGGAGUACAUACUCGAUGUUUGCGACAAGGUCGCCGCUACGGACAGCGGGGCCAAGGAUGUUGUCACCGCGCUGAUCAAGCGCCUGGCGCACCGCAAUGCGAACGUCCAGCUCUACACCCUCGAGCUUGCGAACGCUCUUUCCCAGAACUGCGGCCUGAAGAUGCACAAGGAACUCGCCUCCAGGAGCUUCACCGACGCCCUGUUGCGCCUGGCAAACGACAGAAACACCCACCAACAAGUCAAGGCCAAGAUCCUCGAGCGCAUGGGAGAAUGGACGGAGAUGUUCUCCAAGGACCCGGAUCUAGGCAUCAUGGAGCAAGCGUACAUGAGGCUUAAGACGCAGAACCCGAACCUCCGCCCGCCCUCGAAGCCGCAGAAGACACAGAUCACGCAGUCUGACCGCCAGAGGGAGGAGGACGAACUGCAGAUGGCGUUGGCACUGUCGAUCAAAGAUAGUCAGGUCCCCGCACCCUCCGCGGCCAAGUCCAACCAACCUCCAGCGGCCCAGAACGGCAGCGACCCCCAGCAGUCACAAGCUAUAGCAUCCGGCACCACGGCGGCCACUGUUUCUCGCGUUCGGGCACUCUUCGACUUCACACCUUCCGAACCAGGCGAGCUGGCGUUCCGCAAGGGAGACGUCAUUGCAGUUCUCGAGUCGGUGUACAAGGACUGGUGGAAGGGAUCUUUGCGUGGACAGACCGGCAUCUUCCCCCUGAACUACGUGGAGAAGCUGCAGGACCCGACCAAGGAAGAGCUGGAGAGGGAAGCACAGAUGGAGGCGGAGGUGUUUUCGGAAAUUCGCAAUGUGGAGAAGCUGUUGGCCUUGCUCAGCACGAGCUCCCAGGCCGACGCGAGAGACAACGAGGAGAUUACUUCUCUAUACCAUUCCACUGUGGCGAUACGGCCAAAGCUCAUCGAGUUAAUAGGGAAGUACUCGCAGAAGAAGGACGAUUUCACACAACUGAACGAGAAGUUCAUCAAAGCCCGGCGCGACUACGAAGCUCUCCUCGAAGCAUCAAUGUCACAAGCAGCACAACCGGCCUACGGCCGCCAACCCUACGGCUACAGCACCAGCAGCGGGCCCUACACCGGCGCGUACCCAGCGCAAACGGCGCCGCCGCCACCGCAAGACCCUCAACGCUUCUACUCGCCCGCGCCCGGCGAGCCAGCCUAUGGGUACCCGCCACAAAGCGGGCCACAGCCCUUCUACAUGAUGCCGACGAACCAGGUCGGCAGCCCCAAGCCCGGCGCCGCAGACCCCUACACCCAGCAGCGCAUCCCAUCGACGUCGGCCGCGGCCGCGCGCCCCCAGUCCAUCGCGACGUACCCGCAGGAGCUCGCGACAACGAGCUACGAAAGCCCGGUCGAGGCGACGCACCGGCCCUCGCUGCCCCAACAACAGCAGCAGCAACAACAACAGCCCUACGAAGCCUACCCCGCCCAAGCAGCCGGCGCCCCAGCAUCCGCACAGCCCGCCGCGGCGUACGCCGCUGUUGCCGCUGCCGCUGCCGCCGGCGCCGGCCCUCAUCGCCAGACCUCCUACGAUGGCCCAGGCUACCCGGCCGCGUCCGGCCCCCCUGGCCCCGCGGACCCGUAUGCGGCUGGCGUGGGCAGCCCGGCCCCCGGCGCCCUGGGCGCGGGGCCCUACAUGGCGUUUAACCAGAGCAGCGCGACGCUGCCGCCUGGUGGCGGUGGCGGUGGCGCGGGCGCGGGCCCUGCCGCGGGUGCAGGUGCGGGCUACCAGGCGUAUAAUCCUGGCGUGAUGGCGCAGCAGGGACAGGGGCCCGCAAGGAGGUUUAGUGGCGCUGCUGCUGCUGCUGCUGGGAUGGGGAGGGCUGAGGACGUGGACAGUUUUUAUCGGUAGGUAGGGGAGUGGUGCCUGGAGGAAGUGCGGGGGGUGGGGAUAGGCUAAGGCUAGACUGAGGAGUGAUGGGGACGGGAUGGGAUGGGGUGAUGGCAUGGAUGGGAUGAGUGAGGGAUACGGGCUAAGUUGUGAGUGAGGAGGGGUUAGUUAGUAUGUUAGUACCUUGGUAUGAUGUGGUAUCGCGGUUGCGGUGGUGGAGUAGGUGGGUGAUAGCGUAGGUACGCGUGCUUGCGUGCGUGCGUGCGCAGAUAAUAGAUAUGCCUCU